AGGUAGUCCAACGCAUCAAAAAUUGCAAUUGGGUGAGACCGCUACGGAGAGGCGCGGCGUGGCGGCAGAUUGAUGGCGCGGUGACGCAGCAUGCGCCACGUGCCGCUCGCCGCGCUACUGCGGCUGUUGUUACUAGCAGGUGGCGCGAACUUUGCCAAUCCGUACACGAGUGACGCUGUCGACCUAAAUCAAGUAUGGGUGGACAUCCCCGUAUCGCUUGUCGCGCUCGGGGGCGACGUGCGUAUUCACGUCCACGGCGUCUCCGCCACUUCCACGUUAAGGGUCCAGCUCGCGCGAGAAGACGACGACGGGAAAGCCCAACUCGCUGCCCUGCCGCUCUCACUGGACUCAGAGAGCCGCAUGACCCUCCCUUGCGGCUACUUCUCUAGAGGAGGCACUUACUACCUAGAAAUAAUAUCCGACGCCAAAGAAAACUUCAUAGACGACUACGAAUCAGUUAAUUCUAGUGGUAGUUUUCGAGUCAAGAGGGACGCUGAUGGUAGCAUAGUGGAAACCGGUGAUAGUGUAGUGAAAUCGUGGAAGUUUGAUGUGUUGUGGCCUUCGGCCAAGUUGGACGUGACCCCGGAACAGAUACAGACGUAUCCUGAGAGGCAGGUGACAGCUAUUUUGGAGUUCCCGAGGGUUGUGUGUACUCCUGUGGAGUCUAGUGCUGAUUUUUGGUUGGAACUCUUGUACUGCGGACAUUCAAGUGGCGGUGCUGUGUUGUGUGAUGGAAAGAACACGAGCUCACACGCCCAUGUCUUAUAUUCUGAACAGAUGCACGGCUUCCCAGGCCGCAGGACUAUGACCCUCCGUUGUGAGCUAUUCGGUCAGGCCGGGGACUACGCACUGACGUUGAGGCCUGCCGCUGCCGCUGGCCCUCAAGACUUGGCUGCUGCUUUUAUUAAGGCCGAUUGGUCAGAGCAAUUUGUUCUGAACGUCCACGGCGGUUCAGUGCUGCCGUGCGGUGAUGGGGUACGGGUUCUGUUCCAAUACCCGGAGUGCGUGCUCGACGGCGCCGACAGAGUCAGGGUGUUCGGCCGUGAUUCGGACAGGCUUCGGUAUGUCGCCGAACGACGGGUCAGAAGGGGUCAACACACAGCGUCGUUCGACUGCCGACUGUUCAGUGAACGGUACCCGGAGUACUGCUUCGUGUACGUAUCGCAGGCCGUGACCGGCGCCGUCGCCGACGUCAGGAUGGACUGUUUGCCGACAUUACCGCUCUCAGAUGGCGGUGCGGGCGGAUGGGGAGAGUGGUCCCCAUGGUCCGCGUGUCCUGCGCCUGCGCAUUGUUCGACGCGGACGCGAAGUCGCCAUCGAUUCUGCGAUUCCCCCGCUCCGGCUUACGGAGCUAAGUAUUGCGAGGGUAAUGCGGUACAACUAGCGGCUUGUGAGUGCACUGCUCCAACUUGGGCUGGUGAUUCUCCAACAGUGGUGACAGAAGUCGGCCCUCGGUGUCGCUGUGGGUGCGUGCUACAUUUAGCUCCAGCAGCCAGGCUCUUAGCAGGAUCAGCAAGAGCGUGCCCUGCAAGAUCGUUUUGGUUACUGCAAGCUGAAGAAGGUUUGGUGGUGCGUCUACGCAUGGAAGCUGUUAGGCUACCAUGUUCGGGGCAGGCGCUGAGAGCACGCGAUGGUGACUCUCUGGGUUCCCCUCUGCUAGCCUCAUGGGACGGUCCUGAUAGUACUGUUGUGGCUGGUGACAUAGAAGCUACGACUGAUAGCACCGGUGUGCUGGAGAUAGCUGGUGGACGACAUAUUCUGGUCGAGUUACGGUCCGGAGACACUAGCGAACGAUGCGCAGGAGGGUUCCUUGCUCAUGCUACGCAGAUAGAGCCGAUCCGCAACGCGUCGGCGGCGUGGGCGUCGGCGAGCGCGACGCGGUGGUGGCGCGGCGGCGGCGGCGCGCGCGGCGCGGCGGCGCUGCUGGCGGCGGCGGCGGCGCUGGCCGCGCUCGGCCUGGCGCUGCACUCCGCGCACCGCACGCGCGCCUACCACCGCGCCGCCGACAAGGACUCGCUCACCGACAGCGACGCGUGUUCAGCUUCUCUAGAACUUGGUGGGGCUACAGCUGGCUCCAGAAGCACGCUCCUCUCAGAGGUGGUUGGUGGUGGAGUCUCGUUGCGGCGUCUUCUACCCUCGGGGAAGACUAGGCAUACGAGGCUAAGGGACUCCGAUCGAGCAUCUGAGACAGUCGAGCAGCGCGAAGAGGAAGAUCAAAAUACGGACGUGGAAGUGGAGCAAGCGGAUAACAUAAGCGUUGCGAGCGCUGCCAGCGUUGUGAGUCAAGCGACCGUCACCCCGGAGACAGUGUCAGCGAGUAGCGCCCCAGCAGGCCGGAACAAUAUCGCUCCAUCGCCGAUGAAGCGGUCACACACUGUGUCAACUACGAAUGUGAGUGUGCAAGAGGUCACGUCACCGCCCCAACAAUCUAACAGCGAGACCGAGACCGCUGAGCUAAGCACAAGCAUUACAAGUAUAAGUGAGAGGGAUAGCUGUAGUGAGAAGGAUAGAGAUAGCGUUUGGGAGAAGGAUAGAAGUGAAAGUCGUGCUUCAUCUUCUACUUCUGCUGCCACACUCACAAAUGGCUGGUACUCCCCAGCUUUAAGUGGAGUAUCAUCAGCGAGAAUCCGUGAUAAUCCAAAACACACAAAAGAGAGCUGCAACCGUCGACUCCUAAAAUCAGACCUAAGUUUGACUUCACAUCCUGAAAUGGAGAUCGAUUAUUACGACUACGAAGUUAACAAUGCUGGUUCUGUUCCAGGCUCCUAUCUCGGGAUGGACCCGGCGUUUUUAGUCUGGAUCCCGCCUCUUGAAGAAGGGGAUAUAAUUAAGGAGAUCGACGAAAGUAAAGCACCAAUUUAUGAAGAAGUGAUACCAAAAGAACUACAUCCAGAUCCCGGCAGUAACACAGAGUCGCCUGAAGAACGACCCACAUCAAAUACCCUCAGGAGAAACCCCGACAAUCGCUGCAACAGAUCAAAUGAAUCUAUAAAAUCUAUACGCAAAGUUAUCGAUAGAGGAAACAUAAUCCAUCCUCUCAACUUUAGCAUAAGUGAUUUGCAGAAUUCGCCAAAAAUGACAAAGAGGAAUAAGAAAAAGAAAGAUGAUAAUUCUGUGACAAUACCUAUGAAAGACUUGACACUAACUAGGUCCCCUGUGAGAGUACAUAGAAGGGAUGUUAGAAGUAAUGAUUUUGAUAAUUCUUCAACAUUGAAAAGAAUUAAUGACACAGCAAGAGAAACAAAUGCUGAUACAUUGAAGAGAAUAGAUUUUUCAGAUAUAAAAUUUGCCGAUGAAAAUUCAGAUUCGUCGAAUGAAAUAAAAUUCGCCGACGAUUCGCCUGAUAGUAAUAGGCUCGUUGAGAAAUUUGAUGUCAAAGCUUAAUGUGGAGCUAAUAACAAAGUUUUACGUAAUUCUUAAUUUUUAUCAAUAGACAUCUUGCUAUUAGAAAAUAAACUGGUAUUUUCAGUCGAAUCCUUCGAUAUGUUUUGGUUAGUUAAAUGUAAGGACCAAUCUGUAUAAAACGACAUAUAUUAUCUUUCAUAUCAUCAGAUCGUCUAACAUAUAGUUACAUAUAUUUUUAACAGACUUUCCAUUACAUCAUAUUUAAGGUAGCAAAGUAUUAGAGUUUUAUAAUCAACAGUUAUUUCUCAUAAUGUAGCUAUUGUAGGAUCAUUGUCUGCGUAGAUUUUUCACACAAUGUCCAUUAUUGCUUUGCACUAUAUAUAACCAUGAGGCAUUAAUAAAUCAAGGUAGAAAAUCGUAUAAAUAUUAGAAUUAUUUUUAUUGGUAUCCUGAAAAUUAUUAAAACUUUAAUUGUUUUAAUAAUUUUUGGCAUCAUGGGAGCCUGAAAUUGUAAAAUAUAAAAAUGUGUUGCAAAAUCAGUUUUCCUGCUAGUUACUCUUAGCAAGAAUAUCUACAGUAAAAUUAAAUAAUUUGAUUACAUUCAACUAGAAGUUACUGAAGUAGAUAACAAUCAUCCAGUCGUAUUAUCAUUCAUUGAUGAAGACUGUUGAAUAUGAUCUUAUGAAUUAAAAAAAAAUUAACCGUAGGUAUCAAUCCAACUAGAUCUUCUCACGAAGAAUAAAUGAAAAAGGAUUAAGUGGCUUAGGACGGUAGAGGAUCAAAAUAAGAUAUUUUUACAGUUUAAAGUACAGUGGGGUUUAAAAAGGGUGUGUAAAGGUUUCUUCUGGGUCAACAACGCGUACAUGAUAUUCCAAAUAUUGCAGUCGUCUAUUGGCUGCAGUGAUUGUUUAGAAUCAGACAGGUUAUAUGCUUAUUUGCCACCAUUGUGGUAUAAAAAAAUACUUUCAGUAUCACCUGAAAUGUUAGAUUCCAAUUGAUUAACAAACUAUGGCCAAUUUUUGUAAUAGAUUAAUCUUAAUUACAAAAGACACUAUUGUCUAUAAAUAUUUUUUACAAUAGGUACUACAAAGUCAUUGAUCAGACUCUUGAUUGAUCUUUAAGGAUCUCUUGACAUGAUCCUUAAACUAACACAAAUAUUUGAGAGAACAAUCCGAUUAUCCAGACCCGAGGAAAUUCAAAAUUCAUUUCCCAAAUUGGUUCGACCGAGAAUUGAAGUUUGGACCUCAUUUUUGUAUAGCAACGCCUACCAUUGCGACAAUAAGAUCAUCACAUCGUCGUUAUAGAGUCCUGAGCUUAUAUUUUUUAUUAAUAUAGCAAAACAAACCUUAUAUUUAGAUUAAAAAUAAAUAAAAGACUAUUUCUACUUUGAUUUGUUUAUGUACCACAUCGCAUAGGUUAAGAGUGUAUUAUUUUAUUGAAUCACGAAUUUGCUAUUAGAAAAAAUGUUAAAUAAUAGUAAAUAUUAAUAAUAAUUCAAAUGGUUUAUUUCGAGGUUUAAAUAUAACUUCGGGCAGUGCAAUAUUAAGAAAAAUAAAUUUUCUUAUUCGAAAAGUUACCCAAUUGCGAUGAAAUUAGACGCAGUAUUGAUUGAUCGAUGUGGCAAUAUUAUCCCAAUUUUCUAGUCAAUGUUGCCAGUUACUUGAACAUAUUUUUUUUAUUUAGCGUUACACUUUACGAGUUUUAUUUAUUAUUGUAGAAAAUAUUGCAUUUAUUUGAUUGUAAUUUUAAAUUAGCUGUAAGUAACUACAUAGAGUGUUAUUUUUUAAUAUUAUUGUAAAAUUAUUUAGCAAUAUCCUCUAGUUUUUAAGUGAAUUAUGUUAUGUCAGAUGUUUUAGUUAGUAAUGAUGCCAUUAAAACGUUUUUAUUUUGUAUUUGA